AUGCGGUCUUCUGCCAUACUAGCUUCCCGUCAACUAUAGAGAAUCCCCUACCCCCUGCGUCCGCUAGCCACGCGAAUCAUCGAAGCUAGGUGUGACCAGCACUCUUUCCGUGAAGUCGCAGUUGUCGAGCUAGCUUCAAUUCGAGUCCUACCGAAACUUUACUUCGUCUCAUUGUCUCGACCUGUUAAGGAAAAAAAAAACCAUCUUCCAAUCAGGCCGUUGCGAUGUCGCUCGAGGAGCCUCCUCUGUUCUCGUCCAAAUUCCUUCACAAAGCAAAAAAGCCGAAGAAACCCAAGAAUAGCCUAGACGGCGCGGCUCCGGAUGUCGCAAGGCCCGCGAACGUGACUGCAAAAAGGGGAGCCAAAGAGGAGACCGUCACGGGAACGAAGCUGCCGGGAAAGCGGACCUUAGCAGCAGCAGACCCCGGGAUUCUUGGGAAGGGAGGGUGGGGUCAUGGUGAUAAGACGCGGAAAGCCAUGGGGGGUAAAGAUACGGAAAAGGGUGAAGAUUGUCGCCCAGAUGUAAUCUCUCUAAGCUCGCCUCGGAAGGCACCACGUCAAGCGAAGCCGGCCAAGAGCAGGGUUCAGGGUGCAGGGUUUCUGCGGGAGGGUGCAGGAGAAGAGGCGAGGAGGAGGAAGAGUCUUGGCGAUGCUGAAGUGGACGAGAUCAGCCGUACACGUGUCGGCAUCCGGAGCAGCGAGGAGGGAGUUGGCGUCAGCAGGGAUGGGAUGCAUGCGAAGGGGGCUUUGGUUGAGGGAGGGCGCAGGAAACGGCGGAAGGGGGUGGUUUGUGGGGAGAGGGGGGAGGCGGUGGAUGAUGGAGAGUCGGAUGGGGAGAGGGAGGAGGGGGAAGAGGCAGGUGCGGAGAGAGGAAAGGAAAGCGGGGAGGACCAUCCGGAGGACGGAGAGGAGGGAGAAGAGGAAGAAGGAGAGGAAGACGGGGGGAUGGAAGAGGAGGAGGAGUUGGUUGAUAGUGCAGGCGAGGAGGAGGAAAGAGAGGACACAGCAGAAGACGGAAGAACAGAGGAGGAUGACGACGCAACAGCUGCUGCGCUCCUUGCCAAGGCUGACGUGUCCCUCUCCGCCACUGCCACGUGUGACUCCUUUGCUGACCUGGGCCUGGCGCCCUGGCUGGUUGCCACGUGUCAUGAGAUGGGUCUCCGCCAUCCCACCCCCGUGCAGUGUGCGUGCAUCCCCCCUGUUGUCGCGGGCAGCAACGUCAUUGGUGUGGCCCAGACCGGUAGCGGCAAGACUGCUGCCUUUGCCCUGCCCAUCCUUCAGAAGCUAGCCGAGGACCCUUACGGCGUCUUUGCGCUGGUGCUCACCCCCACGCGGGAGCUGGCUUUGCAGAUCGCCGACCAGUUCAAGGCUCUUGGCUCUUCAUUGUCCCUGCGCUGUGCUGUUGCCAUUGGCGGGGGUGACAUGGUGGAACAGGCCAUGCAGCUUGCAAGUCGGCCGCAUGUGGUGGUGGCAACGCCAGGGCGACUCAGGGAGAUGCUUGAGCAGGAGGAGACCAUGGGGCGGGUGUUCAGCAACCUGCAGUUUCUGGUGCUAGAUGAGGCUGAUCGUCUGCUGGACAGGGGCUUUGAGGAGGAGAUAGGGGCGAUUCUGGGGAGGAUGCCAAAAGAGAGGCAGACGCUGCUGUUCUCCGCUACUUUCACUGCCAACUUGCAUGCUCUUAAGGCCAUGAGCAAGACCAAGAAGCUCUUCCACUUCGAGGCGUACGAGGGGUUCAAAACGGUGGAAGCCCUGGACCAGACGUACCUCUUCCUCCCCGCCAACGUGAGGGACGUCUACCUCUGCCGCCUCCUCUCCCGGCUCCUCCCCUCCCUCCCCACCAUCCUCCCCCCCGCCCCGCCUCUCCCUGCCUCUGCUGCUGCCCGCCCCACCGUGCGCUCCGUUAUCGUCUUCACCUCCUCCUGCCACUCAUGUCAAGCCGUGAGCGCUUUGCUUGACGAGGUGGGCCUGUCCAACGCCCCUCUGCACGCCCUGCUGCCGCAGCGCAAGCGGUCAGCCGCCCUCCACCGCUUCAAGGCUUCCCAAGUGCCCAUUCUGGUGGCCACUGACGUCGCUAGCAGAGGGCUGGACAUUCCUACAGUUGAUCUUGUAAUCAACUACGAUAUUCCCAGGUUCACGCGAGACUAUGUGCACCGGGUGGGACGAACAGCGAGAGCAGGGCGGGGCGGCCGUGCCAUCAGCCUUGUGACGCAGUACGACGUGCAUCUGGUGCACAGCAUCGAGAAGCUCAUCGGCCGACAGCUGGCGGAGUGCACUGACGUGACUGAAGGCGACGUGCUUAAAUGCAUCAGCAAGGUGUUCAAGGCUAGACGAGCAGCGCUGCUGAAGGUGUCAGAGAGUGGGUUUGAGGAGCGAGCCAAGCAGAGGUCCGAGCAGAAGCGGAAGAUCCGGGAGGAGCGGCGGGCACGAGAAGGGAGGGAGAUGAACACUUGAGAGGUGGAGUUGGUGGUGUUCAAGGCAAGGAGAGGGCGGUGCAGAAGCGAUAGACACGGGAGGAGCAGAGGGAGUGCGAGGGGAGUGAGAGGAACACUUGAGAGGUGGAGUUAACGGCAAGGAGAGGGCGGUGCAGAAGCGGAAGAUACGGGAGGAGUGGAAGGAGCGCGAGGGGGCCGAGAAAGACAAAUGAGAGGGAGUGCUUGGGGCACGGUAGUGGUGGCUACUGGCAGAGCUGGAUGGGCGCUCUAUUUCCACGUGCAGCAAUACCAACAGCUGCAGCACCAGCACAAGUGUUGGCAAGACUCACCUGCCAUUGCUGCCUGCCAGUUCUCAGCCUUCCUCCAUUGCAGCUGCUGGCUGUCCAUGCGUAUAAGCUAAUGGUACUGUACUGUAGGCUUGCUUGCUCGUCCUGAAGCCGCCCAAUAAUGCAGAGCUGGGCGUGUAAAGGGUAGAGUGGUGCAUGGCUGCCAGAUUUCUUGUUGAUCUGAAACGAGUGCAUGUGUGAAUGGAGAUUACGUAACAUGCAAGCCGAUAAUGACGUAACAGAAUCGGUUGCUGCUGGACAGUUCGUGUACCACGUUUGCUGUUGCACCUGAUAACCUAGG